CUGUGUGGGGCAUAAGGGCUCCAGGACCUUCUACUUCAAAGUACUAGAGACAGAAAAAAAACAAGAAAUACGGCGAGUCAAGGCCGCAUUGAGAGAAAGAAUGACAAGCAACAACAAGACUCAAAGAGAAAGAAACCAAAGCGAGAGAUCGAGGGAGGAGAGGGCCACAGUGAUAUUUUACAUUUGACCACAGAACCUGUCAACUGUUGCUGUCACUGCUUCCGUGACGACAGAUCGCAGUUCCUCAACUCAAGAGCACAGUGACAAGCGAGACAAACUGAAACAUGGGCACUUUUCAGAAGCCAACUGAUCACCUCUAUACUCUGACAUGACAGAAGACAUUUCUUUGUCACAAAUCAUGCCAUGGACCCCCAGGCUCAGAUUCUGAGGGGCUUGUUGGCCCAAAUCACCAGUAAGGAAGCAGAAGACGAAGGGGCAGAGGACGGCUUUGCUGGAGAGUUUUUGAAACUAAAGAGGCAGUCUACAAAGUAUCGUGCAGAGAGGACUUACCUGACUAUAGCGGCAGACAAACAAGAUAAUGUGAAGAAAAACAGAUACAAAGACAUUGUACCAUUUGAUCAUAGCAGAGUAAAGCUCUCCAUACAAACAUCCAAACAUGACUCAGACUACAUCAAUGCUAGUUUUAUUAAGGGGGUCAUGGGCCCGAGGGCAUAUAUUGCCACACAGGGUCCACUUCCAAAUACAGUGCUUGACUUCUGGAGAAUGCUGUGGGAAUACAAUGUGCAGGUGGUGGUGAUGGCUUGCCGAGAGUUUGAAAUGGGACGGAAAAAAUGUGAGCGUUACUGGCCGGAGUCAAAGGAAGAUGUGUUUGCAUGUGAGCCCUUUACCAUACACUAUGAGUCUGAGGAGAAUAAGGGAGAAUAUAUCACAAGGACGCUUAAAGUGACAUGUAAAAAAGAGUCUCGCUCAAUGAAGCAGCUUCACUACGUGAACUGGCCGGAUCACGGAGUACCCGACUCCAUCCCCGCAAUACUGCAGCUGCUGCAGGACAUGCGCAUUUACCAAGAUCACGAGGACGUGCCAAUCUGCAUUCAUUGCAGCGCAGGCUGUGGAAGAACAGGUGCAUUGUGUGUCAUUGACUACAUCUGGAAUCUACUGAAGAGACAGAUGGUUCCAGAGAAUUUGAGCAUCUUUGACCUGGUAAAAGACAUGCGUACACAGCGGCCUUCUGUGGUUCAAACCAAGGAGCAAUAUGAGCUUGUUUACAAAACCAUCAAACUGCUGUUUGAUAGAUAUUUGUACAUAAUGGAUGAAUCAAACAGAGAGGUUUCAGCUUCCUCCUCACCUGUUCACACAACUAGUGAAAGUGAACUGUCAGAUUUCAGUGAACCAGAGUCAGAGACUGGACAAGACUUCAGAGGAUUGAUUCAGACUAAGCACAGGAGUUAUGAGAUUAACAUUUCAAAGAAUGACUGCAAUCAUGUUACACACAACAUCAACUGUUUGCCACAGUUUCAUUCACCAUCAUUCUGCCAAGGUGGUGCUUUCUUCAAUCAAACUCCUUUACACAUGCCAAAUUCAAUGAGUGAAUGGACAAAGCCGCUCACAACACAAACUCCUCAAAUAGACGUUACAACCUGUGGAUCUCAAGGAACGGAGCCAUCCACCAGUUUUAAAACUCAUUUGGAAGCUGCAUGUUUAAAUUACCCGGCCAGCCAAGUACAAGAACUGAAACCAAGUCCUAAAAUGGCCGAGGGGGUAAAGAACCAAGAUUUACGUCUUGUUGUAAAAGACCUCAACCCUGUGAGACCCGGCAGCCACUGCGUCACUGUUGAAGAUCCUUAUUUUGAUCCUGGAUCUCCACCAACUGGAGACAGUCCCAAUGUUACACCUGAAAUCUGGAUUGAGGACACUUGUUUAGAGCUACGUGAACACCUGCCGAAAUAUGACUACAAUGACAAAGGUGCAAGUACACCAACAUCUGAUGAAGACACACCUCCUCCUUUACCAGAGAGAACUCUGGAGUCGUUUAUAUUGGCGGAAGAAAUUAAUGAUAUCAGUAAAGCCAGCGAUCUGUUGACAUUGAAUAUCCCAACCAGCUCAGACUCAGAUUUGAUCAAAAGUGGCAGCCCUCCCUCGCCUGUACCCCCGCUGCCUGAGAGAACUCCAGAGUCCUUUGAAAUGGCCAUGGAUGAGGAUUUGGUACAAAAUGUGAUGCAGGAAAAGCCGCAAGAUGUUGUAUUGAGAGUUGGGAAAUCUUCAGAAUGGUCCGGAAAAGCAAAUGAAUUUCAGACAGACAUCAGUCGAACAUGGUCUAGGAGCAAGAGCUUAAAACUUAGAAUGUCACUUCCUGCACCACCAUCUACUCUUUUCAGUCCUGUUCCAAUCACAAGUCGCAGCCCUCCUCUACUGUACUCACAUUCAUCCGAAUCCGCAUCGCUUCACACCCAGACACCACGUGAUCAGGUCACUGCUACUUUUAACUUAGUUUCAGAUAAAGAAUGCGAAAAAACUCCUCCACUUCCUGAAAGAACGGCAGAAUCUUUCAUUUUUCCCACGGAGAAAGGGCCUGUAAAUAGCGCCCCCUGUCUGUCAAAAGAGACCGAGGAGCAGAGACUGAGAGUGGGGACAUCAUCUGAAUGGUCAGGCAGCUCUCAGCCCAGAUUAUUACAGGAUUACUCUUGGAGUCGAAGCAAGAGUGUCAGAACUAAAAGUUCAAACCAAGAGCCUUUAUCUGUGGCUCCACUGACUCCACGAGUCCCUGUAACCAUGGCAACUGAAAGGCAAGUGGAGCUCCAGGUGGCACACAGUGGCAAGAAAGCUGCAGCCGGACCUGCAGAUAACCCGUCGGACAGAGGAGAAGAGAAAACUUCACUGGUCAGCAAGGCCAGGACCAAGAGCAUUAAGUUUUUAAAAGGAAGACAGAAGGCAAAAAUGGCCCCGCCCACAGCCCCACCCCCAGCUCCGCCCACAGGUCCAUCUCCAGCCCCGCGUCAGUCUACACUUCCACCUUAUGGUGCCACAGCUGGAUUCCUAUUUUCUUUUGGAUUACGUUUUGGAAAGCCGAAGGGGCCGCGGAAAAUGCCGGAAACAUGGGUCUAGUUGAAGAAACAGCACAUUACAGUUAUCAGUAACAUGGCUGCCUGUCAAAGAUGU